AUGAGUUCUUUGGACGAGGAUGAGGAGGACUUUGAAAUGUUUGACACCGAGGACUCCCUGUUCAUGGGGAAGAAGGCGUUUGGGAAAAAGGUUGAUGAGGAUGAUGAGGACGACGGUGCUGUAGGAGGGAGUACUCCGACGAAUAAAUUAAAAUUUUAUCCGUACUCGAACAAUAAACUGACGAGAAGUACGGGUACUUUGAACUUGUCGUUAAGUAAUACCGCUUUAUCAGAAUCUAACUCGAAAUUCUUAGGUAAGAUCGAAGAAGAAGAAGAAGAAGAAGAAGAAGAAGAAGACGAAGAAGAACAUAACCAUGAUGACGAAGAGGAGGAGGAAGAAGAGGAAGAAACCAUGGAUUCCCGUAUAAAUAGAUGGUCUCCCUUCAACGAAACCGAUAAUGUUGCUACGCCUACUGUCAAGAGAUCGAUGGACAGGACCAGCAGUCCCAGCUUCCUUGGGCAGUGGAACCAGCGAUGGUUCCCCGCAAACCAGAGUCGCAAUGAUAGUAACCCUCCUUCCUCUUCAUACACCGUUGCUAAGCCCAACCAGUCUGUCUUCACCUCUUCGGGACUCAUAUCUAAGAUGUCCAGGGAUUCUUCUUUAUACCCUACAAAACUAAGAAUACCAGAAACACCAGUCAAAAAAUCUCCCUUGGUAGAGGGAAGAGACCAUCAUCAUAUCCAUCUUUCGAAUUCUAAAAUCAUAUCCUCUUCACUAAGCGUGUCUCCCUUGAACUUUGUCGACGAUAACAAUUUACACGAAGAUCUUUUAUUUUCAGAUUCUCCAUCUUCCAAAGCUUUACCCUCCAUUCAUGUAUCCGCCAUAGACUCAUCCCCAUUAAGCGAGACUAAAUACCAAUCACAUGACCGUAACAAUAGUCAUAGCAACAUUCUGUCCCCUACUACCAGUUUGAUCACAAAUAAUUCUCCACAGACAUUGCAUUCCAACAAAUUCAAAAAAAUCAAGAGGACUAGGAAUUCUGUCAUUUUAAAAAACAAAGAGCUAACGAACAGUUUACAACAAUUUAAAGACGAUCUGUAUGGUACAGACGAAAAUUUCCCACCUCCUAUUAUAAUAUCAAGCCACCAUUCAAUCAGGAAAAGCACCCAGCAUUGUCAACUUCGUAACCCUAACGACAAUGACACCGAUGAAGAGAUUUCUACUCCAACUAGGCGAAAAUCUAUAUCAGGCGCAAAACCACAAACUCAUUAUGAAACGAAACCUUUAUCAUUAUCUUCAGCAUCGGUACCAACUAAGUCAAACGCAGAGACGCAUUCUAUAUCUUCCACAGACUCCUCCCCUUUAAAUUCUAAGAGGCGUCUAAUUUCCUCGAACAAAUUAUCUACAAAUCCAGAUUCUCAUUUGUUUGAAAAAUUUACAAAUGUGCAUUCUAUUGGCAAAGGCCAAUUUUCCACUGUUUACCAAGUUACAUUUGCUCAAACAAACAAAAAAUAUGCCAUUAAAGCCAUUAAGCCGAAUAAAUACAACUCCUUGAAACGCAUUUUGCUAGAGAUAAAAAUACUAAACGAAGUAACGAACCAAAUCACGUCGGACCAAGAAGGUAAGGAAUAUAUCAUCGACUACAUUAGUUCGUGGAAGUUUCAAAACUCGUAUUACAUUAUGACAGAGUUGUGUGAGAAUGGUAAUUUGGACGGAUUCUUACAAGAACAAGUAAUUGCCAAGAAGAUGAGAUUAGAAGAUUGGAGAAUUUGGAAAAUCAUAGUGGAGUUAAGUUUAGCGCUAAGAUUCAUCCACGAAUCAUGUCACAUUGUACAUCUAGAUCUAAAACCAGCCAAUGUCAUGAUAACUUUUGAAGGUAAUUUGAAACUAGGUGAUUUUGGAAUGGCUGCUCACCUUCCCUUAGAAGAUAAAAGUUUUGAAAAUGAAGGCGAUAGAGAAUACAUUGCACCAGAAAUAAUUUCAGAUUGCACUUACGAUUACAAAGCAGAUAUUUUCUCCCUAGGUUUAAUGAUUGUUGAAAUUGCUGCGAACGUUAUAUUGCCGGACAAUGGUAAUGCGUGGCACAAGCUAAGAUCAGGCGAUUUGUCAGACGCAGGGCGGUUAAGCUCUACGGAUAUCCAUUCAGAAUCAUUGUUUUCAGAUACUACGAAAGUCGAUACCAAUGAUAUAUUUGAUUUUGAAAGAGAAAACACUACAAACAACAGCAACAACAACAACACCGCCAAUACUGCUACUGCUAUUACUACCGCUACUAAUACCACCACCACCACCACUACUACUACUACCACUACUACUACUAAUAAUAAUAAUAAUAAUAAUAAUAACACUCCAACAGGUAAUAUCACUACUACUAAAAAUGGUCUGGUUCUGCAUAAAAGUUUCAAAAUUCCCGCAUGGGUACCGAAGUUCCUCAUAGAUGGCGAGUCACUCGAAAGAAUGGUUCGAUGGAUGAUAGAACCCAAUUAUGAGAGGAGACCCACUGCAAAUCAAAUUUUACAGACUGAAGAAUGUUUGUACGUGGAAAUGACUCGUAGUGCAGGCGCCAUCAUUCAGGAAGAUGAUUUUGGGCCCAAACCAAAAUUUUUUAUAUGA